UUCACCAAUUUCACCAUUUUGAUAUUUACUAUGUCGGUCAGUGUAUCAUCGCAUGUUUUAUGUAUCAUUUGUAGCCAUACUUUUUCUGUAUAGAUCAUGGGAGGCAUAUUGUCAUCUCCAGCAGGCUUACAUAAGCUCCAAAUCCAAAAACAUAACGCGGGCGAUGAGAAAGAUAUGAUCAGCAAUUUACCUGAUGAUAUUCUGCAUUAUAUUCUUUGUUUUCUCCCUAUCCAAGACGUUGUCCGAACUUCCAUAUUAGCAACAAAGUGGAGGUAUUUAUGGACCAACGUAUCCGUCAUUAACUUUGAAAUUGGUCAUGUUAAGUCAUACGAUUCAAAGUCGGUGGAUUACCUAGAUCAAGUGGACAAAAUACUUCACAAAUCUAAUUGCGUAGUAAGAAUCUGCGUUAAAACACAAGGAGGUAUCGUUGGUGUAGCUAAAGUUAGUACUUUUAUAUCUUCUGUUGUGAAGCAUAAAGUACACGAUCUUAAAAUUUCCCUAAAAUAUCUAAAAGGUACGGAUGUGUUACCCAAUAGGUUCACUGCAUCACAUACAUUAAACAAGCUGCAUUUAAAAUUUCCUCGCGCUCUAGAUAUUCCUAGUGGUAUUUCUUUUCCUGGUCUGAAAACAUUAGUAGUUUCAAAGGUUUACUUCAGAAAUGAGAAAUCGGUUGAACAACUCUUCUUAGGGUGUCCUGUUCUACAAGAGUUGACCUUGGAUAAUUGUCAUUGGAUGAAUAUAAGGGAUAUCCAUUUUGCAAUUUCUACAUUAAGGAAGUUGACCAUCUAUUCAUACCGUCGUCAUCUAGAUUAUUAUAAUCAUUCCGGCAAAUGUACAAUCACAAUUGAUGUUAAGAAUCUUUUAUCUCUAUGUUGCCAAAGCGAUCCAGAAGUAGAGUUUUUCCUUGUUAAACCAACCUCCAUAGUUGAUGCAGAUAUAGAUCUAGGGUGUUGCACUUUACCAGACAAACAUUAUUCUGGCCAAUGUGCAAUUGAGCUAUUGAGUGGAUUAAGUAGCGUAAAGUCUCUCAGCUUAUCAGAUGGAUCUCUUCAGUAUCUUGAGUAUUCAAAGGAGACUCUCCAUCAUCUUCCUUCAUUUCAAAAUUUGACACAUCUGCUUCUGAGGACUAACACUUUCACUAGUGAAGUAGUAACGGGCAUUCUUCUAAAGACUCCUAAUCUGAAAGCUCUUCAUAUUCAUACGCGAUUUGAGUCAUUCAUGGAUCUUGAAGACGACUGGACAUUACUUUCAGUGCCUUACUAUAGAUACUGGUUGACACUAUUUUGGUUAAACGUGUGUUCUAUGCGUGCGGUUUUGCUUUUGUUCAAGGAAAUUUCUGGUUUAAAGGUCAAUUUCCGCAAAAAUAUGCUUACUGGUGUCAAUGUUAAUGAUUCGUGGGAGAUGGUUAAUGCUACCGAUAAAUUGAGAUGGACUCUUGACACUGCUCAUGGAUAUUCGGUGCGAGAGGCCUACCGCUUUAUUACUAGUCAUGGGGAUCACUUGGAUAGGAAUCUCGUCGACAAUGUUUGGCAUAGGCACAUACCGUUAAGGAAACGGCGGGUCACCUAUUUUUAUCUUGCGGUAAUUCUUUUAUCUUAUGGUCGUUGGUAUCGUCUUGGAUAA